CAGCCCUUCUCCAGUUGGAGACCAGUCGUUAAAGUCAGCCCGAACCCAUCGGAGCCAGCGAGUAUAUAUAACUACGAUCCACCCCUAAAUCAACACAAACAGCCAAAAACACAACAGCAACAUGGGAGACUACACCUGGAUUAGCACCAACGUUUACGAUGCCCUGCCAGCGGGAGCCAUCCUGGCUGGUCAUGAUUCCGACCAGGACCCCAUCUAUGUGGGCCGUGCCUACCACAACGGGGAGAUGCUACCGGCGAAGGUUGUGCCCGGCAAGCAGCAGGCCUAUGUGCCCUUUGACGGCCAGGAGAUCAGCAAGCACGACUUCGAGGUCCUCGUCGGCGAACACUUCUCCUGGAUCCCCUCCAGCGGCGGAUCCGUCCCGCCCUUCGCCAUUCGCGUCGGCCAGACCGGCGACGGUGAGCCCCUGUACGUGGGUCGUGGCUACUUCCAGGGCAGCCUCACCCCCGGCAAGAUCCAUCCCUCUCACCAGUGCCUGUACAUCCCCUACGGAGGAGGCGAGCACCGCCUGGAGGCCUAUGAAGUACUGGUCCAGCCGGAGACCUGGGUCUCCUCCCACGGACGUAACAUUGUGCCCGGAACAGUGCUUGGCGGACACGACUGCAAUGGCGAUCAGAUCUAUGUGGGUCGCGCCUAUCACGAGGGCGAUUUGCUGCCAGCCAAGGUGAUACCCAACAAGGGCUGCGCCUAUGUCCCCUACGGAGGCGGUGAGGUGGUCAAGCACGACUUCGAGCUGCUGGCCGGAUACGGAUACGGAUGGGUGCACGACAGCCAUGGCAAUGUGCCCGGAAACGCCGUGCUCUGCGGAAGAACUGCCGACGGAGAGCCCCUCUUCAUCGGUCGUGCCCACCACCAUGGCAGUUUGACCCCCGGAAAGAUCCACCAGUCGCACCAGUGCCUCUACAUCCCCUUCGGCGGCGAGGAGGUCCGUAUCGACCACUACGAAGUCCUGGUCAAGGGCUAAACUGCUCCCCCGUUUUGACUGACUGCCCUCUCUAAUUUAUAAUUCAUCUUGUUUCAUUAAAAAUGUCUUUCCACUAAACCA